CCCAGUUGCUCCGCGGCAUGUGGGAUCUUCCCGGACCAGGGCUCGAACCCGUGUCCCCUGCAUUGGCAGGCAGACUCUCAACCACUGCGCCACCACGGAAGCCCAAGGCAUCUUUUAGAAGAUUGGAUUUUCCUAAAUUAAUGCACCAACGCUUUCACCUAAAAUGAACUUGCACUUGUGCAUCAUCUGCUACAGAGCUAACACUAACAUUUUCUUACUAUGCAAUAGGAUUUGGAAGUGAUGGUGAGCCUUGGAGUUUUCAGUAUCAUUUAUGUUUUUAGAGGUCCAGCGAUUCCAGUUGAGAUCAGUUUGGCAGCCAGACCCUUAUUCUUUCCCCAGGAGGAGCAGCUGUUAUCAAGAGAAGCACCAACAAACCUGUGCUUUGGGACCUAUGGCCUUGCGCCCAGGUUGGAGAGCGUUUACAUCAUUUGCCAUGAACCGCUGUAGUGUCCUUCGGAAGGCUGUGAGAAGCAGUGGUUUUCCCUUGCUUCCCUGGGGCCACUGCCCCUGGAGGGGAACUGGAAGCUUUUUGGACCCUGAGAUGAAAGCUUUCCUGGAGGAGAACACUGAAGUCACCAGCCGUGGUAGCCUCACCCCUGAAAUCCAGUUGCGGCUUUUGACCCCCAGAUGCAAGUUCUGGUGGGAGAGAGCUGACCUGUGGCCCCACAGAGAUCCUUACUGGGCAAUCUACUGGCCAGGAGGCCAAGCCCUGUCUAGGUAUCUUUUGGAUAAUCCUGACGUUGUCAGAGGAAAAUCUGUGUUAGAUAUUGGGAGUGGAUGUGGAGCUACAGCUAUCGCUGCUAAGAUGAGUGGAGCUUUAAGGAUCUUGGCCAAUGACAUAGACCCUAUUGCAGGAAUGGCUAUUACACUAAACUGUGAGUUGAACCAACUGAAUCCUUUUCCCAUUUUAACCAAAAACAUACUGGAUUUGGAACAAGAUAAGUGGGACCUUGUUGUGCUUGGAGAUAUGUUUUAUGAUGAAGACCUUGCAGACAGUCUACAUCAAUGGCUGAAAAAUUGCUUUUGGGUCUACAGAACUCGAGUACUGAUUGGUGACCCUGGGCGACCCCAGUUCAGUGGACAUAACAUUCAGCAUCAACUGCACAAAGUAGCAGAAUAUUCACUUCCAGAGCCUACCAGGCAGGAGAACAGUGGACUGACAACAAGCACGGUGUGGGAUUUUCAGCCUUGAGCUGUUGAAGUACCUCCGAUAUGGAUAUAGCUAUGUUUGUGUUUAACCCUAUAAGACUGUCCAGUUCAAAGAAGGCAAUUUGUGUUAAAUGGAAAAUCUUGUUUCCAAAAUAUGAAGGUUAAAGUUUUGUCACCCUUUGUCAUGUAACUUGUUCUGCAGUAAGCCAAAUGUAGAAAUCUCUAUCUGUAAUUUUUUUUCUAGUUUUACUGCUAGAAUAUAAUUAUAGAAGGCAAUAUCCACAUGUAGUUUAAGUAGCUGAGAGGAAUUAGAUAUUUUAGCAGAGUCUCUUUCUAUAGUUGAGGACAACUAUGAUGUAUCUUUGAAUUAAACAAAAUAAAAAAUACAGAAGAACACUAUAUUUUAAAAAAUUAUCUGUUAAGAUCAGAGAUGCAGUUGGUAUGGUACAGAAUACAGUAAGUCCCCUACAUACGAACCUUCAAGUUGUGAACUUUCAAAGAUGUUAAAGUGCCCCUGUAUGCCAGCUGUUGUACUGUACUACCGUACUUUUCAAGGUACUCUACUGUAAGAUUAAAAAUGUUUUAUUUUUUGUUUUUUUUUAAUGAUUAUUUGUGUGAAAAGUAUUAUAAGCCUAUUACAGUAGAGUACUAUAUAGUUGAUUGUGUUAGUUGGGUACCUAGGCUAACUUUGUUGGACUUAUGAACCCACUCUCGUAAUGGAACUCGUUCAUAUGUAGGGGACUUACUGUACAUGGGCUUCGGAGUGAGGCCACUCUGUCACUUUCUAGUUGGGAUUUUGGGCUACUUAAGCUCUCUGGGCUUUCAUUUCUUCACCUAUAAAAUAGUAAUAAAAUUUAAUAAACUGCACCUCAAAGGGUUAUUAUAAUAAAUGAAAGUAUAAAGUGUAUAAUAUAGGAUAAGUAUAUAAUAGGGCAUCAAUUAAGAAACACAGAUAAAGAUUUUAGAAUUUCCUACAUACUCAGUACUGUGAUACCUUAUGAUGCCUCUUUAUGGUUUACUAAGGUCAGCUAGAAAUUGGUUAUGCCACCACUACAUGCCCCAGCUUGUCAGGAUCUUAUAUAUCAAUAAGAACAUUAGGACAUAAAUGAAAAACAAUGUGAAGAAGAAUGUGUAUAGUAUAUACUAUUUAUGUAAAAAAGAUGCAUGUAUAUACCUACAUGUGAAUGUAUAUGUAAAGAAUACAUAUUUACUUGUAGUAGAUAUAGAAUAUCUCUGGAAAGAUAAGUAAGAAACUGGUAACAGUGGCUGUCUUCUGAGAGGGUACCAGAUGGCUGGUGGAUGAGGGUGGUAGGGAGACCUAGUUCUUACUUUUGGGUCUUGUAAUUUUGUACCGAUUAUAUGUACUAUAUUUCUUAUUCUCCAAUUUAAAACAAAACGUGACCACGAUAUAUGUUACAGGUAUAAAACGCAGCCUUGCGAUUGUACCGUUGACCCUUGUACAACAUGGGCGUUAGGGGUGCUGACUACCCCACCCACCCCCUGGAGUUGAAAAUCUAUGUAUAACUUUACAGUCCACAUCCAAGUUUCUGCAUCUGGGGAUGGAUCGCGUAGUACUGUAGUAUUUAUUGAAACAAACCAAACAAAAAACACAUAUAAGUGCAGUUCAAACCCGUGUUGUUCAAGGGUCAGCUGUACUUUCGUGUUCUCAUAUACUGCUUAGGAAUUGUUUAUGACACUUGCAUUAUAUGCUUUCUAAUAAUACACACAUGCCAGUGGGAUUAGGAUACCAGGGAGACAUGAUCAGAGCUAUAGUCUUUCAAAAGAAAUGUAGAGAAAGCAGUUAAGGGCAGGUUGUUGCUUAGGCAGGAAAACGGUAUCAUUAGGUGGGAGUUUUGGAGCUGGGUCACAGAGGAUCUUGUGAUUCUUGAACUCUGGAAGUCAGAGUUUAUUACAACCCAAUGAAUCAACUCUUGUUGUAUCCAAUUUCCAUUGGUCUACUGGGGCUUAAUUAUAAACUCAAAAUUUUGAUUCAGCAUUGGUUAAAAUUAAUGGAAAUUAUAGGCUACAGUGGCACUGGGUGGCAUUUGAGAGGAAAGAGUUUUGUUGACAUAUUCCUUGAAAAUUCAGGAUAGUCUUCUGGGUAUUGUCCUUCUCAGCAAGAUAAGAAAGAGAAAAUUAAAGGAAAUUAUACUCUGGAGCACUGUUGGAAAUCAGCUUGAAGAGGCGAAGAGUAGAUUUAAUUUUAAAUAUCUACAUGGGACUUCCCCGGUGGUCCAGUGGUUGACAAUCUGCCUUCCAAUCCCUGGUUGGGGAACUAGGAUGCCAUAUGCCGCAGGGCAACUAAGCCCACGCAUCACAACAAGAGAGAAGCCCAAGCGCCACAAUGAAAAGCCUGAGCGCCGCAACUAAGACCCA